AUGGCCUAUGUCAAUGUUUCAGAUGUUGGGGACUCUUCGGUAAGGGAUAUCAGGACUGUUAAGGAUUUUUCGGACAUCUUUCCUGAAGUGUUACCUGGGUUACCUCUAGAGCGUGAAGUGGAGUUUGGGAUUGAGCUCUUUUCUGGUACAGCUCCGUUGUCCAUCGCCCCUUACAGAAUGGCACCAAAGGAGCUGGUGAAGCUUAAGGCCCAGAUUCAAGAGUUAUUGGACCAUGAUGGUGGCUUGUUGGCUGUGCUUCAAGUUAAACCAGUAUGGAUGAAACAGAUUAAAAGUAAACAGUUGGAAGAUGAGUCAUUGGGUCUUAGGUUCCGUCAUAUCGAAAAUGGUAAUACUGUGGAUUUUGGACUGAACAGUGAAGGGGUUAAAGCGGAACACCAGUUGCCUUCUGGGUUACUUCAGUCAGUUAAGAUUCCGCUAUGGAAAUGGGAAAGAGUAACUAUGGACUUUGUGAGUGGGCUAUACCUAACGCCAUCUAAGAAAGAUUCAGUGUGGGUCAUUGUGGAUCGGUUGACCAAAACUGCUCAUUUCGUACCGGUUCGAACAAAUUAUUCAUUGAAGAAAGUGGCUAAGCUAUAUGUAUCUGAGAUAGUGAGACUACAUGGAGUACCAGUUUCCAUAAUUUCAGAAAGAGAUCAUCGCUUCACGUCUCGAUUUUGGAAGAAGUUACAUGAAGCUUUAGGCACACGGUUGGACUUCAGUAUUGCAUUCCAUCAUUAG